GAAGAGAAAAGCCCCGAGAAGUCGUCUGCCGUGUAAUUCUCGGGGGACGUUGACAUUCUUACCCGGCUGGUUUCUGUCCCAUCCGUACGAUGAUGAUGCUGACUCCCUGGAUCUGGCUCCUCCUCCUGGGUCUGCCCCGCCCGUCGCCCUGCCGCAGCCAGCGGUCCGAGCCCAUGUUCGCCUCCGUCACCUCCGCCCUGCUGCCCCCGGACUACGAGAACAACCCCACCCAGCUCAACUACGGGAUGGCCGUGACCGACGUGGACGGUGAUGGGGAUCUGGAGGUGCUUGUAGCGGGGUAUAACGGUCCCAACCUGGUCCUGAAAUAUGACCGGAAAAGGAAGAGGCUGGUGAACAUCGCCGUGGACGACCGCAGCUCCCCGUUCUACGCCCUGCGGGAUCGCCAGGGCAACGCCAUCGGAGUGGCGGCCUGCGACAUCGACGGAGACGGCAGGGAGGAGAUCUACUUCCUCAACACCAACAACGCAUUCGCAGGGCGAGCGACCUACACCGACAAGCUCUUCAAGUUCCGCAACGGGCGGUUCGAGGACCUGCUGAGCGACGAGAUCAACGAGCACCGAGACGUGGCCAAUCGCAUGGCAGGGCGGUCGGUGGCCUGCCUGGACAGAAAGGGGACCGGGCGCUACGCUAUCUACAUCGCUAACUACGCCAGUGGGAACGUGGGGGCGCACGCGCUGCUGGAGAUGGACGAGGCGGCGAGUGACCCGUCCCGGGGGAUCGUCGCCCUGUCCAACGUGGCGGAGGAGGCCGGCGUGCGCAAGUUCGCAGGGGGAAGAGGCGUGGUGGUGGGACCCAUCGUUAGCCAAACCCGCUCCGACAUCUUCUGCGUCAACGAGUACGGACCCAACUUCCUGUUCCGCAACAACGGGGACGGAACCUUCACAGACAUCGCCUCCACUGCAGGAGUUGAAGACCCGAUGCAGCACGGUCGAGGGGUGUCGCUGGCGGACUUUAACCGGGACGGGAAGACUGACCUGGUCUACGGGAACUGGAACGGGCCCCACCGCCUCUUCCUGCAGCUCAGCACCAACCGGAAGCAGAGAUUUAAGGACAUCGGCACGCAGAAGUUCUCCAUGCCGUCUCCGGCGCGCACUGUCAUCGCCGCUGACUUCGACAACGACAGCGAGCUGGAGGUGUUCUUCAACAACAUCGCUUACCGCGGAGCCACGGCCAAUCGGCUGUUCAGGGUGUCGCGGCGAGAACACGCGGAUCCUCUGAUCGACGAGCUGAACGUCGGGGAGGCGGCGGAGCCGGACGGGCGCGGCACAGGGGCGGCGGUCACAGACUUUGACGGAGACGGACAGCUGGAGCUGCUGGUGUCCCACGGAGAGAGUGCAGCCCAGCCCAUCUCAGUGUACAGAGUCAGCCAGGGCUCGUCCAAUCGGUGGCUGCGUGUGAUCCCGCGCACGCAGUUCGGGGCGUUCGCCCGCGGGGCCAAGGUCGUGACCUACACCCGACGCACGGGGUCUCACACGCGCAUCAUCGACGGCGGGUCGGGGUACCUGUGUCAGAUGGAGCCCGUCGCCCACUUCGGCCUGGGGAAAGACCUGGCCACCAGCGUGGAGGUGUUCUGGCCGGACGGGCGCUCUGUGGCUCGGGCUCUGGAGCCCUCGGACAUGAACUCUGUUCUGGAGAUCCCGUACCCCGUGGAGGAGGACCAGACAACCCCCCCGACAGAGAUCGAGUGUGGGAAUGGAUUCGUCGUCAACGAAAAUGGCCGUUGCAAAGACGAGGAUGAGUGUGCCCAGUUCCCCUCCGUGUGUCCGAGAGACCGCCCCCUCUGCGUCAACACCUACGGGGGCUUCAAGUGCCGCGCCGCCAAGCGCUGCAGCCAGGGCUUCGAGCCCAACGACGAGGGCACGGCCUGCGUCGCUCAGGUGGCGUACUUCGAGGGGGACCACUCCUCGGCCUCUGGAACCCGGGCCCACCUCCAGCAGCUCUCCCUGACCCUGCUGACCUUCUUCUCUGUGAGCCUGCUGGCCUGA